AUGGAUCUACGCAGUGGUGCAGCGAGCAGUUCUGAUGGGCAGAAGCAAGGCGAUCCGGAAGUGGUGGAUGCGGUGCUUCCUAAGGAGCUGGAGGAGCAGGUGGAGGCGAUCGCGAGGUCUAGUCGCAUCGCGGAUGGGAUCAAGAAGGUGAUUGCUGCAAUCACAAGGGAACUGAAGUCGCUUCGCUUGGAGAACAUGGAAUUGAGGCAAGAAUUAGAUUGUGUUCGCAAGUCAGUGCCUUGUGAGUCACCACCUCGUACUAGCUGUGAGCUCGUGUUCGAGGAUCGGGGCCGAACGACUUCCGGUAGUGUUCCCGCUCCUACUGAAAUAGAUGACAAGGUCGACGUCAAAGAGCAGUUGCGUCAAGCCCAACAGAACCUUGAUCAACUUCAAAAAGCGAUACCACCAUUGCCGGAUCCUCACCAGCUCUACGACAAAAUAGUAUCGCUGUGUUUCGACAACUUCAUCCACACCAAGGCAACGACAGCUCUUGAAGAAAAAGCUCGUAGAGUCAUCAUGAGCCAGCCACAGGAGACAAGCGAAGGAAAUCCACUUCUCAUCGACAUGGAAACCAUGGAGCAUGUUGUCUGCGACCAUCUUCAAACCCUGUCUACCCUUCAAUCGACACUUGUUGAAGUUCGCAUGGAAGCCCAAAAUGAAAUGGAGAAGAAAACAUCAUCGUUCGAGAAGGAAGUACGGGAAAAGCUCGAAGAAAUUCAAAAAAUCACGCUGGAUCUUCAAAACUCCGCCUCGCAGACUCUACAGGCAGUAACCACCAGGACACUCAAAAGCCGGGGCGAGGGAAUCCAAGGGAUUCAAGAGGAAAAGGAAAUAAUCAAGAACAAUGAAUCUGAUGACCAAGAAUCGGACAUCAACGACGACGAAAUCCCGAACUGGGAGGACAGAGAACAAAACGAUGAAGCUGAUCAUGAGUUAAAUGCUCAAGCUGAAGACAUGGAUGAAAACGCUAUGCGCGAACAGAACCCGGAUCGGGAGGUAGGCAGAAGAAGGGCGUUCGAUAUCGAACUAGAAAUCAGGAUUACGGAGCAAGAGUUACGAGAUUUUGAAGCUAUACUGCGCCAGUAUGAGGAUGAACCUCUUUGCCCGCCGCGUAGAUACGGACAAGGAAACAUAAGUAAGGCAAAUGAACGUUACAUGAAGUGUGUUUUUUGCGACAUCGCCGGCCACUAUUCCGACUCGUGUCCGAAUGUUCGAGACCCAUACGCCAGGAGGGAAAUCAUAAUAAGCAAUGACAGAUGUGGCACGUGCCUUGAAAAAAUCUGUGCACGAGGAGCAACAUGUAAAAAGUAUCUCACGGCAUGUUACUACUGUCGCGACCGAGGACAUCACAGUGGCCUCUGUACGUUUCCAGAUAGAAGUGAUUACAUACGCAGUCGUCUUGAAAGCGCACAACAAGGAAGAAUCAGGAGCCUCAACAGGCUCAACGAUCUGCAACGAGAAAGAGCUCGCCGUGGAAUUCGCCUAUGA